CUUAUCGUCCGCUCUGACUUCUGAAUUCAGUUCCGCGAGUACCAAUGUUGCGGUCGUGUCUCUCCUCGUAAAGAUUUUAAACCGAGAAAGUGAGGUGUUUCUUUGAAUAAUAGAAAAUGCUUUACUUCUCUCGACUGAAUUAUCACAGACAGUCAACCAGGAGAAAUUGUAUGUUGAUACUGCUGCGGCGUGUCACCUUGUAUUUCAGCCUGCUCUGAAUGGCUCAGCAUAGGUCACUGCUAACGCUAAGCUAACCAUACAUUCUCGUAAACAGACCGUAAUUAAAACUUACUGCAGACGGAGGGAAUUGUUUUUUUUAAUGUACAUAUAUGCCUCAGAUUUUUUAAAUAUUUGUUUGGUCUGUUUAUUUUUAAAAUGGGAGUAGUACUUCGAAAUCUCCAAAAGGUGGUGCGUCUUCGCCGUGCCAGGCUGCGCAAGGAUGUUGACACUUUGAGACACAUUCUGGGCGUCCAGAAAUUUGACGUGGGCAUCGUUUGUGUGGAUAACCACAGGAUCCAACAAAUUAAUAACACCUAUAGGAAGAAGAAUUUCCCGACAGAUGUCCUCUCGUUCCCCUUCCACGAGGACUUGAGACCUGGGAAGCUGCCUUGCCCUCUUUACAGGGAUGAGCUGAAUCUCGGUGACAUUUUCUUGGGGGUCGAGUUCGUGAUGAAACAAUGUCAGGAAGAAUCUUUUGAUCUGCAUGAUGCUCUCACAGUGGUCACUGCACAUGGGAUCUGUCACCUGCUGGGCUACAGGCAUGAGACAGAGGAAGAAUGGACUGAGAUGCUGCAAAGGGAAAACUACAUUCUAAGUGAGUACAACAGACUCACAGGACGCCAUCUUCAACCGCUGAUGAAGAAAUGUGAUCAUAGUAGAUGACAGUGACUGUCACUGUGACAGUGUCACCUGCUACAUUUACACUUGAACCCUCUACUACACGUACUAUGGUGCUUGAUCUCUUGUACACUGUGCCAUGCAAUCAUAUUAAGUCCGACAAUGAUUCAACACAAACGUCAAGACAUUCACAAUCAAUGUUUGCUGCUAUUGUUUCUGUGGACAUCCUGAAUCACUUAACUCCAAUGUUGUUCAAGAGUUUUAAAGAUUAAAGUCUGUACACUUUCA